AACUUCUAUUUUUCCAUUAAAAGUCAAUUAAAUGAACACAUUAGCACAUAUACGACCUCGACAGUGGUUCAACGCUCUUGUUUGCAGAUGAUACAUCAUUGAUGUCAUCUGGCCGUGACCUUCAGCAGAUGUUGGAGAUGUCAGCUGAACAUCUGCAGUCUUCAACUUCAUGGUUCCUGGCAAACCGAUUCCAGUUGAAUGCAAACAAGACCCAGCAUGUCAUCUGCAGCUUGUCAAGAAACCUUCCUGGUGAUCAAGACCCUGUCAAGCUGUUGGGUUUUGUUCUGGACAAUAAACUCAACUGGACCAGCCAUAUUCAGCAUGUGACCACAAGACUGUCCAGAAUUUGUUUUCUGCUGCUGAAGCUGAGAGGUCAUGUGACUGAGGCCUAUUUAGUCAUGGUGUAUCACGCGCUCUUCCACUGUCACGUUUCCCCACUCAUGUGGGGUCAUUCAGCAAAGUUUGUGGACAUACUGAAGCUGCAAAAACGGGCUGCCCGAAUCAUCAUCAUCACCGCUAGCGAUUAUUGCGCACACUGCAAGCCCCUUUUUGUUAGACUUGGUAUUCUGCCACUUCGUACUUCUCUGUCUAAUGUAUGUCAAGAAGAACCAGCAGUACAUGUUGACUCGGACUGAUGUGCAUGAACAUGACAUCGAGUGCUGAUUGAUAUUCCGCCUUCAGAGAUCACAGGUGAGCUUCAGGAGUUCGGCAUUGCGAUACUUCAAUAGGCUACCUACAGGAGUAAAACAGUUGGAUUCAAGAGCGUUCGAGAGAGUUGUAUCCAAGCACUUGAAAAGCAAGGUGUACUACAGUGUUAGUGAAUAUAUGAGUGAUGAUUGUCGGAAUUGCUGUCUUGCUAAACAUUCCUUAUGUAUGUUUUUGUUUUUUGUGUAUUGUAUUUUAUGUUUUUGACGCCAUCGAUCCCAUAUUAUGGGUAAAGGAUGCAGAUUUAG